UCAUGAUGAAGCCCUUUAUUAUAAGAGCCUCAACAGGGAGAGGAGAGGAGCAGCUAUGAGUUUUACAGCAGCAGCGUGUGGAUUUGUUGUCUUCCUUCUGUCUGUGCCAGUGGGACAGGGCCAGUAUGUCUCGGGAUUGACUUACACUCCUACUGAGAUCUGUGCCUUCAGAGGAUCAACAGUGGACAUAGACUGCAACUACAAUGAUCAGCAUCCGGAUAAUAUUAGAGAAGCAUCAUGGUUUAUUAAAAAGACAGAAAGUGAAUUUGUGAAUCUGGAGCCGGGCCCAAACUCUGACGGUCGUGUGGAGUUUCAUGAUGAUCGGCCUUACAAAACACUGACAAUCAAAGACCUGAGAGAGAGUGACUCAGCUGACUAUGUGUGUGAGUUCACAACAAACCAACAAGGACGGGAAUCUAGUGGAGUCACUUUAAAAAUCACAGAUCCAGAUCUCCAGGUGCAGGUGAUCAGAUCAUCAGUCUACCAAUACCAGGCAGAGCUGGAGUGUGUCAGCAACUGUCCUCUAGCUGGUGGUGUUUCCUACGUCUGGUACAGGAAUGAAGAGAAAAUUAGGGAAGGAAAUGUCACUUAUUAUGAAGUCAAAAUUUAUCUUGGUAACAGCUAUUCCUGUGCUGUAAAAGGACAUGAGAGUUUCCGCUCUCCUUCAGUGUAUGAUCCGAAGAUUCCCUCAGUGUCGGUGAGGCCCUCUGGUGAAAUAGUGGAGGGCAGUUCAGUGACUCUGACCUGCAGCAGUGAUGCUAACCCAGCAGCUACUUAUACCUGGUACAAGAAGAAUGGAAAUCCAAGCCAGGAACCUUUUAGGACAGGACUAUUGCUUGAUUUUAUUUCCAUCCAGUCCUCUGACUCUGGAGAGUUUUACUGCACAGCGCAGAAUGAGCUUGGAGGAAAAAGAUCUGACUAUAUUUCUAUUGAUGUGAAACAUGCUCCGAAGGUUCCCUCAGUGUCGGUGAGUCCCUCUGGUGAAAUAGUGGAGGGCAGUUCAGUGACUCUGACCUGCAGCAGUGAUGCUAACCCAGCAGCUAAUUAUACCUGGUACAAGAAGAAUGGAAAUCCAGACCAGGAAGCUUUCAGGACAGGACCACAGCUGGACUUUGUUUCCAUCCAGUCCUCUGACUCUGGAGAGUUUUCCUGCACAGCGCAGAAUGAGCUGGGAGAGAACACAUCUGACUCCACCUCUACUGAUGUCAAAUAUGCUCCAAAGGUUCCCUCAGUGUCAGUGAGGCCCUCUGGUGAAAUAGUGGAGGGCAGUUCAGUGAAUCUGACCUGCAGCAGUGAUGCUAACCCAGCAGCUAAUUAUACCUGGUACAAGAAGAAUGGAAAUCCAGACCAGGAACCUUUGAGGACAGGACCACAGCUGGACUUUGUUUCCAUCCAGUCCUCUGACUCUGGAGAGGUUUACUGCACAGUGCAGAAUGAGCUGGGAGAGAAGACAUCUGACUCCACCUCUAUUGAUGUCAAAUCACAGUGUCAAGAGCAUGGAGGAGAUACCAGGAGACAGGCCAGUACACCAGGAGAGAUGGAGGGGGCCGUUGGAGGGCAACAACCCAGCAGCAGGACCGCUAUCUGCUUCUUUGUGCAAGGAGGACGAGGAGGAGCACUGGCAGAACCCUCCAAAAUUACCUCCAGCAGGCCACUGGUGUGCAUGUUUUUGCCCAAACUGUCAGAAACAGACUCCAUGAGGUGGCAUGAGGGCCUGACGUCCUCUAAUGAGAGCAGGUUCACACUGAGCACAUAUGACAGACGUGACAGAGUCUGGCAACGCUGGGGAGAACAUUAUGCUGCCUACAACCUCCUCCAGGAUGACCGGUUUGGUGGUGGGUCAGUGAUGGUCUGGGGAGGCAUAUCCUUGGAUGGCUGCACAGACCUCCAUGUGCUAGCCAGAGGUGCUGGCUCCAGGGACCUCAACAAAGCACAGGACCAAUGGCCCUAUGCCGAAAUUGCAGAGAUGAACGCUUUCUCCAUACUGGUCCUGCCUGGGUCUUUGCUGAUCUCAGACACCAGUAUUGGGUCAUGCAAGGACAAAAAGCAGUCCGAUGCAACCAAAGGACCUUUGGGUGGUACAGAUAACACAAUCCCAGACCGCAAGGUGAAGGUGAUCAGAUCAUCAAUCCACCAGUCUUCUAUCCGGGCAGAGCUGAAGUGUCACACUCUCUGCAGGCUCGCUGGUCGUCCCUCCUACGUCUGGUACAGGAAUGGAGAGCAAAAACGAUUCUCUUCCUCUUAUACAGACUACAUUUAUUCAGAAGACAGCUACUACUGUGCUGUGAGAGGACGCGAGCGUUUCCGCUCUCCUUCAGUCUAUGCUCCAAAGGUUCCCUCAGUGUCGGUGAGGCCCUCUGGUGAAAUAGUGGAGGGCAGUUCAGUGACUCUGACCUGCAGCAGUGAUGCUAACCCAGCAGCUACUUAUACCUGGUACAAGAAGAAUGGAAAUCCAGACCAGGAACCUUUUAGGACAGGACCACAGCUGGACUUUGUUUCUAUCCAGUCCUCUGACUCUGGAGAGUUUUACUGCACAGCGCAGAAUGAGCUGGGGGCAAAAAGAUCUGACUUCACCUCUAUUGAUGUGAAAUAUGGUCCCAGGAUCCCCUCAGUGUCGGUGAGUCCCUCUGGUGAAAUAGUGGAAGGCAGUUCAUUGAAUCUGACCUGCAGCACUGAUGCUAACCCAGCAGCUAAUUAUACCUGGUACAAGAAGAAUGAAACAUCACCAAAAGCAUUGGGACCGACCUUCACCAUCACAAACAUCACAUCUGAACACAGUGGAGAAUAUUACUGUGAAGCCCAAAACAGAAGAGGACGUCAUAACUCCAAAUUACAGCUGACUGUUGUGGAAGAUCCCUCUGCUGGAAAAGAAAUGAAACAUGCGAAUGCAGUCAGAGCAACUCUACUCAUCCUGAAACCAAUCGCUCUCUUUGUCCUCUAUUUGUGCAUCAGGAAGAAGAAAUCUCCUAACUCAGAGCAGAGCAACCCAGGACAGGCUGUACAGUCAGACUCUGAUCCUGUGUAUGUGACCGUCACUGCAGCACAGACAGAAGCCACAGAGGAGCAGGAAGACCAGGUGUAA